AUGGGUGGCUCAUCUGCAUUUCACAUAAUAUUUAGUGUCACAUUCAUGGUUAUUCUCUUAGGUGGUCUCUGCGAGGCUGUUUUCCAUAUAGCUGUGGAUAUCAUCAACGACAUUGGUCCAAAUGUUCAAUUGGGACUACAUUGCAAAUCGAAGAACAAAGAUCUCGGAUCACAAUCUUUAGCCUUUCAUCAACAUUGGGGAUUUAGAGAAGCUAUUAACCUUUGGGAAACAACUUUGUUCUAUUGUCACUUUGAAUGGGGAAGUGAAUCUAAAUGGUUUGAUAUUAUUGAAUUAAAAAGAGAUCAAUGGUUAUGUGAAAAUAAUCAGUGUGUUUGGAGUAUAAGACCUGAUGGUCCAUGUAGAUUAACUGGUCAGGAAAAAUGUUACCCAUGGCAUGCUGUUAUUUGAAUACCUAAUUGUAACCAAAUUUCAUAUUUAUAAGCUAAAGAAUAAGCAUGUACAUUUAUAAGCUAACGAGAUAUUUAAAUAUAAAAGGCAUAUUUAAUGAAUU